AUGAGCAUCAAAAGCAUUAACGGGAAGAGUCCCAUAGUGGUUGGACCUUGUGGAGGGACAGGAGGAUACCCUUGGGAUGACGGUGUGUACUCAACAAUACGCCAGAUCGUGGUCGGCCAUGGUGCAGCUAUCGACUCAAUAAGGAUUGAGUAUGAUCUGAAAGGAAGGUCAGUUUGGUCAGAGACGCAUGGAGGUACUGAUGGAGGCUCUGAAACAGAUAAGGUGAAGCUAGAUUUUCCAGAUGAAGUCCUUGUGUCUGUAAGUGGACAUUACGGAUCUGUUUGCGGGACACCAGUCAUCAUAAGAUCAUUGACAUUUCAGAGCAACAGUUCGACGUAUGGACCUUUCGGCACCGAAGAUGGGACACCUUUCUCACUUCCAGUGAGCAGCGGCAAGAUCAUUGGAUUUCAUGGUCGGUCUGGGUCAUAUCUCAACUCAAUAGGUUUCUACCUGAAGCAAGUGCAUUUUCCAAAUCCAAUGAAUUCUCCACCUUCACCUAUGAGCCUCCCAAGCUCACAAAGUAGAAACGGCUAUGGACUCACUCGGGGUGAUACUGGACCUGACAUGGUUCUCGCUGUGCGAGAUAGAGGUGACAGCUAUGCUGUUUAUGCUAACAAUCAGCCCAAGCAGCAGUAUACAAACCCAUCACCGGACUACAAUGAUGGAGCACUCUGGAACAAGAUGGUUUCUUUCCCCAGUUACUAUGGAGAUACAGGAGCUGCAGCCGUGAGCAGCCCUCAGACUUAUGGUCCCUGGGGUGGAAGUGGUGGAACCAUAUUUGAUGACGGUGUAUACACUGGUGUGUGGCAGAUCAAUUUGACACGCGCAGUGGGAAUUUCUUCUAUUAAGGUUCUGUAUGAUCGAAAUGGACAGGCAGUAUGGGGUAACAAGCAUGGAUUCAGUGGAGGUGUUAUACCUGACAAGAUAAUAUUCGAUUUCCCCUCAGAGGUGUUGACUCAUAUAACCGGGUUCUAUGAUUCAGCAAUAAUCAUGGGCCCAACCGUGGUCAGAUCUCUAACGUUUCACACGAACAAGCGGACAUAUGGACCAUACGGGGAUGAGUAUGGCACAUACUUCUCCACAAGUUUUACCAAUGGGAGGAUAGUAGGAUUUCAUGGCAGGGAGGGGUGGUACAUCGAUGGCAUUGGAGUUCAUGUUCAUGAAGGCAAGUUGACAUCACAGCGAUUUGUUAGCAGACCGAAUGCCGCGACUAGCCCAUCAGUACAUUACAACAUGCUUGCUCAAGCGCAGAGCAAUACAUAUACAGACAAUGAGGUUGCUUAUGGCAUGGUGAAAGAACCGGUUCCGAUGGGACCAGGACCAUGGGGUGGGGAGGGAGGCCGGGCGUGGGACGACGGCGUUUACACUGGCGUGAAGCAAAUCUACAUCAUGAGAGGAGCAUUCAUCGGGUCGAUACAGAUCGAGUAUGACAGGAGUGGCCACUCCAUCUGGUCUUCGAGGCAUGGGAACAGCGGCCACAUAACGCACAGGGUCAAGCUGGACUUCCCGCACGAGGUGCUGACGUGCGUGUACGGCUACUACAACACGAACAGGGAGGACGGCCCCCGUGUCCUGAGGUCACUGACGUUCAUCACCAACCGCGGCAAGUACGGGCCGUUUGGCGACGAGUUCGGCGCCUACUUCUCGUCGGCGACGACGGAGGGGAAGGUGGUGGGGUUCCACGGCCGGAGCGGGCAACACCUGGACGCCAUCGGCGUGCACAUGCAGCACUGGCUCGGGGACAGGAGGCCUGCCCCCAAGUACGUGCUGUCCAAGUACCUCUUCUGA